UUUAAUGUAGUGUUUUUUGGGGGCAUUUCCGGCCAUUGAACUGUUUUGAACAUAGGAAGGCAAGUUAAAAGUACACCAUACAAACCAUGGAUCCAGCGGAGUACAAACUGCUACACGAACGUUCCAUGCAGAACAACAACGGAACAUCGGCGCUCAAUGUUUUCCUGCACAUCGUACCGUCGUUUUUCACCAGCUUCCACACAAUCCAGCUGAUAUCGGUGACGGCCGUAACGCAGAUUCCCGGCCGCUUUCUUCUGGAGUUCUGUCUCAUUGUAAUGCCCUUCGUACUAAUGGUUACCGUAUUAAGCGAACUUGUUGGAAACAUUACCUUGGCGCUGCUACUGAUAAGUGGUUUGUCGGUUCUGCAGCAGAUGCGCAACAAAAUGCACCUGAUGCCGUUCGUACAGAUACCGGGCCGGAAGCCACAGUUUAUGACGGCCUCCCGUGCUUUGAUCAAUCUAAUGUCGGCGGUUUGCAUUCUGGCCGUAGAUUUUCGUAUCUUUCCUCGUGAACUGGCCAAGACGGAAACGUUCGGUUUCGGUUUGAUGGAUGUAGGCGUUGGACUGUACAUGUUCAGUAACGGAAUUGUGUACAAGGUUGAUGACGGGCGAAAGCUUGAUUGGUUACGGGUUCGCAGUGUGCUGCUGGGAAGCCUUCCGCUGGUUGUGCUUGGUAUGGCCAGAUUUUUCGUCACGCAAGAAAUUGAUUAUCAGCAGCAUGUCUCGGAGUAUGGAGUUCAUUGGAAUUUCUUUAUCACGCUCGCGAUUGUUAAAAUUUUCGGCACACUCAUUAUGGAUGCCGUUCGGGAUCUGGAGGUUGCUAAGUUUAUCGGAAUAACCAUACUCUGCGGUCACGAAAUGAUGCUACAUCUGGGUGUCUCACGGUAUGUGAUGAAUGAGAAAGUCGGUAGAUCAAAUUUUAUGGAUGCCAAUCGGGAAGGAAUAGCCUCUGUUCCGGGAUAUAUUGCAUUGUAUCUGGCUUCGACGUAUAUGGGGUCGGUAAUGAGACCUACGAUGGAAAUUCAACCGGCGAAGAAAUUUCUUCGGCAGGCCGUUAAAUUGAGCAUCGUUGCCGGUGUUUGCUGGAAAAUGAUUUACGUGUGUGAGGACAUGUUCGGCGUCUCGCGUCGAUUGGCCAACAUGGGGUACGUGUUUUGGAUUCUAUCGAUUGGCACUAGCAUGUGUGCGUUGUUUAUGUUCUGCGAAGUGUUCAUCUAUUUUGUUCGGUUUGAGGAGCCGAAAUCACCGGAUCAGAUCAUGAAGGGGGACGAUUUUUGCAUUUGCUACGUACCGCUCAUAUUUGAAGCGAUCAACGGAAAUGGACUGGUUUUCUUUCUCGGUGGCAAUCUGCUGACAGGAAUAAUAAACAUGAUUUUUCAAACAAUGCUGCUGGAACCGCCCGCAUCGCUCGUUAUUAUUAGCUAUUAUAUUUUUAUACUGUGCGUCGUAACAGUUUUCAUGCAAGUUAAUAAAAUCAAGUUAAAAAUUUGGUGAGUCAGCUGGUAUAGCAUUCCAGCAAUUCUAGUCAUAGAUGAAGUCCUUAGCAUAUUGACAAAAUUAUACCUAAGCUUAGUAUUAAAUCAAACGUCAU